AUGAAUGAUUAUUGCGAAUACAAAAAAAAUAAUAAAAAAAAAAAAUUCAGGAAAAAAUCAGAAAUAUUUAAUGAAUCCAAUGGAACAAAUGAUACAUAUGCUGCUGAAGAAUUAUCUUACGAUGAGGAGACCAUCGUAAUUAAUUUUAAUGAAGUUAUAGAAAAUGUUGAAGAUAUAAGAUAUUCUAACGAACAUGAAAAUGUAAUAGACAAAGAUUUACAGGACAAUCUUUAUGAUCGAGAUAAUAUUUUUUUAAAUAUAUGUUUAUGUCAUUUUGAAAAUAUGAACUCUAAAGUUGUCCUUCGUUUUUUGGCUGAUUGUUCAUCAUUUAUAUGUGCAGUAUGCUUAUGGGGAGUAUUAGAUGAUAUAUUUCAUAUAAUAUCAAAUAAUAGUUAUUACAUUAAACUUUUCUAUUAUUUCCUAUUUAGCAUAAUUUUUACAAUUCUUAUGUGUGCAGUUAAUAUAUACUCUUCAAAAUAUACACACAGAAAUAAUUGCAUAUAUAAUGAAAAUGAAAGCCAACUAUAG